AUGGCCCAACAAAUUACGGCGCGCAAGCAGCAAGAGCUCCAAAACCAGUACACAAAUUACAAAAAUGGUCUGCAGCAAAUAGCCUCGAAGAUUGGCGACGUAGAGACAGAAGCAGAGGAGCACAAACUUGUUCUCGAAACACUUGAACCUCUUCCUGGUGACCGAAAGUGUUUUCGAAUGAUAAAUGGCGUGUUAGUUGAGCGGACGGUAAAGGAUGUGGUGCCGGCUUUGAAGACAAAUUCGGAAGGUCUACGGAAAGUCUUGGAGGAUUUGGUCAAGCAAUACAAUAGCAAACAAUUGGAAAUGGAGAAGUGGAAGAAGAAGAACAAUAUCCAGGUCGUGCAGCAGUGAAAGCGUCAGCAUUUGUCACAUAUAUUGGAGUAUGGGCGUUGCAUCAACAACAAAGAUGGGUAAAAGUCUACUUUGGCUCAUAAGGCAGUCAAUGAGGCAAGGGCUUGCCAGGCUAUUCUUUUGCAUAACGGGGAAGCAAAUAUGACAUACGCGGGGAAGCAUUCAUGCCCAAGAUCUCGACUUGUCAAAAUGAUUCUUCUUACUGAGUUACCCCGAAGGUUGUGAUAUUCUUAUGUGCAUCACGAGAGUUUGUACAACGUUAUAGUAACAUUGGAUUGCUCGUAAAUCGGUGGAUGAAUCAAAACGUCUAGACCAAAAAUAUCCAGAUUACUGGUAGUUCUGAUGCGCUGUAUAACAACCAGUACUCCUGCCAGUUCGAGCCUGAGUCCUAUAUUAUCACGGCGGCUCGCGUCUCAAGGCCCAACGAGAACGCCUCGAAUUGAUGUCUUUGAUGCCCAAUCAUAAAGGGCUGUCAGGAAUGAGAGGACCCGAGACGUUCAUAUUUUUGGCUAAGUUCGCAUGAGAAGCGCGGUGUGUUGUUCAAUCACCGUCAGGCUGACCAGAACCCUGCAUCUGCAGAAAUGAUAUCGGUUGUGGGGGUAUGAAGCAGGAUGAUUAUGGUUCAUCUCGUAUUUUGUUAAUGGAUGACGAACAUAAUGCUUCUGCACAGAGACGGAUAUGAUGUCCAUUUGCAGAAUCGAUACAACGGUGACAACGAGGUUUGUGAUAUACUCAUCUCCGGGCAACCUUCCCUGCUCAUCCACAUCAUAGUGAUCGAAUAUCCCCUACAAAAACCUGAGACUGUGUUGCGAAUGUGGAGCAAUCCUAUGUGGCCUUCUCCUGCUGCGUACACGUGCAAUCGUACCUGCUCAACAACGUCCAUGAAACAACUCCGUGACAAAACAAAAGUAACAGAACAAGGCUUCCACAAGGACUUACGUAGAUAACAUCGUAGAUGCUUUCUCCAUCAUCGUCUUCUUAACCAUGGAUUUAACCACGCCUCGGAGGUGACAUCACGUAAUACCAAGCUGUGGGAGCAAAAGUGUCAAAGUAUUUGGUGAUAUCAAUGCACAGAUGCAGCGCAUUUCAUAGGAUGCCCAGGUGGUAUAAUGCUAUUCCAAAAGUAGGGAUGGUCGACAAGCAAACAAUGCUUCAUCGGUCGACUGAGGACGGGAUGUGAUGGGAGGUGCAGUUGAUAGGCUGCAUAUAUCUUGAAAAGUAUUGGUCACUUGAGUGAAUAGCAAUUACUUAUUGCAUAUGGAAUAAUGGUAAGCUAUUGGAGGGUGAAGGGCACGCAUGCCUGGCACAAUCACUCGAUCCCCGAAUCAGUGCACUUGCUUUCCAAUUCU